GUGUCCAAAGUGUACGUUUAAAUGCAGUUCGCAGAAGAAGCUAGAAUUUCACAUCCAUAACAAGCAUGUCUUAGACCACGGGAAGUGGAAAGGUGCAAGCAAUGCCAAAAGAAAACCCUCUGCUCUCAUUCUGUGGCAUCAUGUUGGUAACAGAUACCAGUGUGGUCAGUGCCAGUUCAGUACAGUAUCCAGACCAGCCAUAUCUGAGCAUUGCAGAGACCACAGGGCACUGACAACUGGGGCAGUAACAAAGGCAAAGCCUGUAAAACCCACUAAGACAGUACUUCCACAAAAAAGGCCACAUGUAAGGAAAAAGGCUGGCCAGAAGAAUCUGGGAAAAAGAGAAGAGUCAAAAGUCUCUGGUGCACAUCAGAUGAGGAGGAGGUCCAAGAGAAAGAUGAACUAAGAUUCUUACCCUGUGAACUCUGUACUACUUAUAUAUAGACAUUGUACAGUAUCUGAAACACUUAAUGUUACAGAUGUUGUAUUACCAUGUCACAAAUAUGCAUAUGAGAUUUAUGAUCCAUUAGUUACUUGUCUGUUUCACCACCAAACAAAUUGAAUGAAAAGUUUGAAAGUAGUAUUUUUGAAAAUUUUGUUCCAGUUAUAUAUUCAUAUUUUGUAGAUGAAGCAUAACAAAUGUGAACACUAGUAUAAGAUUUAGAACCUGUACCUUUUGAAUUUCUAGAUUUUGUAAGGACCCAUUCUCUGUCCAUCCAACUGUAUAUCGAUAUUAGAAAAUCACAGUGGGUUAGCUAUAAAAACAUGUUAACAAUUAUUUCUGUUUCAUUCUUUGGUUUUGUUUGUUAUUGAUUGCUUCGUGUUGAUGAUACCCAUAAUCAUGCAGUAUAACUGUAACUCAGGGACCAGGAGCUUCCAUGACAUAAUUAUAUGAUUGUAUCCUCUUAAGUGAUUUUUUGCAGCAAAUAAUUUGCUAACUUCAAUAAUGCAACUAGCACCACAUUUAGAGGCAUUGGUCUUUGUGCAAUUUCGAGCUUGACUGAGAAGGAGCAUGUUACUUGGAAUGGACAUAUUUCAGGGAUAUGCUUGCAUCUGAUAUUGUAAACCUGUAGAUUUUAUACUUAUCGUUGUGUUAAUAGUUCAUGAGAACAGUAUCAAGAAAUGUCAGAGAGUACUGGCAGUGGAGUUUUCUUAACCUGUAAAACAAAAACAUUGAGUAUAUGGCUAGUAUGUAACGCUAGUUAACCUUUAUCCAUUGGGUAACCUAUAUCCGUUGCUUUAAAAAACAGGGUUAUUUUGGGAUAUCACAUCAACGGACAUUGGUUUCAAAUUGCAAUAUUUUGAGUAUUUUGCAGUUUUAAAGUACCACCUAUUCCCUUGAUGUCCCUAAAUACCCUGCUUUGAAUAACAAGGGAUAAAGGUUACCCCACGGAUAAAGGUGAACUAGCGUUACCUGAAAGUAAUGAUAGUAAUACCAAAGUACUGUAAAUGUAUUUAAGUUCGCGGGGAUUUAAUUUCGUGGUAGCGGAAAAAGGGACUUUUCGUGGUGGAUUUAAGUUCGCGGUAACACCAUAGACUGCAGUCUAAUACCAUAAUAGAAAAAUGUUCGCGGUAGUUUUAAGUUCGCGGUAAAGAGUUCCCCGCGAAAACUGCGAACAUUAAUCCACCGCAAACAUUUCUGCAUUUACGGUACAUAGAAUUGCGUACAGUGCCUGUACCUAUGCCUGUACCUGAAUAAUUCAGUUAACUGUAUUGGUGUAUGAUGUCAUCAUGCAAAGAACCCAUGCUAGAGUUCAAUGUCUUUUGUGUUUAAUUUUUUUUUAUGUUGGUGGUAAAUUUUCUAAAUUUUUCUAGUAGGGAUAACAUCGGUUUUUAGUAACAAAACAAGUAUUUACUAGGAAGUAAGUAUAAAACAUUGAUGUUUGGGUAUUUUGGAACUGUACUAAAACAAUUCUUUUAACCAAAAUCUUUGCAAAUGCAUCAAACACAUUUUUAAUAUCUUUUAAUGGCUGUCCUUUUUUGUGAUGUGCUAUUGAAAGACCAGGGAACCGUGGAGGACAUUUUGAGCAUUGAGCAGCUACAUGGAUGGGGUAAUAUGUGAAAGAACAUGACUUUUGGGCAUAUUUAGCAUAUAAAGUACGCUUUUGAACUUUUCAGGGAAGGUCAAGUGAUAUUCUAACUUUUCCUGAUAAUACAGUAUGCCACUUAACAUACAAUGGAUCUAUAGAAAUCAUACCAGUAGUGAAUCAGUGCAUGUAUAUGGCAACUUAUGUAUUUCGAUAUUUUGUAGUGGUAGCGUGUGAUUUCAAGAACAAUAGAACUGAAAUAUUAUAUAUAUAGUUUGUAGAUGGUUCAUAGAUGUAUCGUGUAUUUUUCGUGUAAGCGUGAAAAGUUUAAGUUUAAAACUAUGUAGAUUAAGACUGUCUAGAGGUGUAUCUUAAUGACACUGUGUGCCUAGCAUCCUGUUUAGAUUUCAAUUUGCAGAAGUGAAAACAUGAAGUAAGCAAGUUCCAUGUCUUUCGUGUAUAUGAAGGGUAUCAUACAGGUAAAAAGCCCAUGCCAUUUCAAUAUGAUCUGUAUUUGUUACAGGUUUGUGCCAAAAACGGUGAAAGCUGACUAUGUCCUGGUGCUCAAUAUAGUGUGAAAGAAUGCUUACAUGUACAUGUAGAAAAUGAAAUGUACACGUUAAGCUUUAAAAGCACAUGUACGUUAUUGCUUGAGGUAUAUAGUUUAGUAGCUCAAUUUAUACACAUACCUAGUAACAUGGGUGCGCAAGGUUUGAAUACUCUAAGUUUACAAAUGUCAAAAUUUCAGCAGUAACAAAUCUCCACUAUCCUGUUAAAGAGAACCUUAAUAGUACAUGUAUUGUAUUUUGUGAUAUGUUAAGUUUGUAUCUUGAAGCUUAGUAGAUCUUCCAAUACACUUUGUACUUCGUCAAUACAUGUUAGAUAUGUAUUGAUUGAUUCUUUGAUACAUGUAACACUUUGUAGGAAGAAUGCUUUCAUACUAAGAAAGUGGUACAUUGUAUCAGGUUUGGAGAUGGUAAAAGUAGUAGAUUUCUAUCAGCAAGCUUACCUUAAAACCCUUUUGUAUCAGGAAGCAUAAGAAUGAAAAUGAUCCUUUGAGGCCUCAAUAUUUGGUUUAUGAAGCAACCAUGUGC